AAAAAAAACUUCACCGCUGCGUUGAGUUUGUUCAAGAAAAUCGUCAACCAGUCCUCCACUAAGUCCUCCGACCCCGGCAAAAAAAAAAUCAAGUCCGUCGAGCAAGAACGUAAGAUGAGGCAAAAGGCCCAAGACAAGUUCAUCAGCGACAUGAGUCAGCCAAAGAACAGAAACAGUACGUAUCUUUAUUAACCUACCGCAAACAAUGAAUGUGAGCCACGAAGGGUAUUAGCAACGAGUUUACGGGCGUUCUCUUAUGUGUCGGCCUUUGGUGUGCACGCACCAGCUGACUCUCUCCCCAUGGAGUUGCCUCUGCGCUAUUAUCCUGCAUUUACUUUUUCGCACUCGCUCGCCCGCGAAAUCUCCAUGAUUUUCGCUCGCUCCCACUGUCGUCCGUGUCGAUCGUAUGUUGUUACUAUAGCGCGCAUGACCCUCUUACCUGCUCAGAGAAAGCAUUGUUGCUUUCUUUUUUUGGCUCUCUGUCUCUCACCCUGGCUGCAACUGGUUGAUUGCUAUUCUUUCAACUAUCUCACAAACCUGAUCGGUCUUGUUUUAAUGAGGAACGACAGGAACUAAGAGCUAUUGCACCAUACAGACUACGGACGAACGGACGAACAACACGGCCCAUUUUUUUUUCAGCUUUGGCUCAUCAGCGCCCUUACAUUCAUUGCAUACUCUCCACCCGGCGAUCAGAACUAUACUAACAUCCAAUGUCAGAAGUCAUCACCGAACAGGUCCAAGAUGGUCACAAUGGCGAGUCCUCCACCAUCACAUACACACAAUGCCAAAUGGUCGGUCACGGC